AUGGCAGCUACAGUCGCCCCCGUCGUGUCGGUGGAGGGAAAGACUGUAUUCGCUCAUUUCAUUGUCGGGAACGCGGCCGGCAUGACCACUGUUGAUUGGAAGUCCGAUAUCGAACUUGCCAAGGCCGCCUCUAUUGAUGGAUUCGUUCUUAACAUCGGCCCCCAGGAUUCCUAUACAUACGAAGUCCUUCAAAGAGCUUAUACUGUCGCAGCAGAAGUUGGCGAUUUUGCCUUGUUCCUGUCAUUUGAUUACUUGACCGGCGGCCCGUGGUCAAUUGAUAGGGUUAUACAACUCAUUAAUUCAUUUCAGUAUCUGCCCGCGCAGUUCAAAUACAAUGAUAAGCCUGUGGUAACAACAUUUGAAGGGGUCAACAACAUCUAUGACUGGAUAUCUAUCAAAGAGGCUACCGGUUGCUACUUCAUCCCAACUUGGACAAGCUUGGGCCCCAGUGGCUUAAAUAGAGUGUUGGAUAUCAUUGAUGGUGGUUCUAGUUGGGAUGCAUGGCCUAACGGCGCAAAUCCAAAAUCCCGAAAAGCCGACGACGCAUACAGGAAAGUUUUGGGUCCUAAGACGUACAUGAUGCCUGUUUCCGCAUGGUUUUAUACGAGCUUGCCUCAGUGGGGGAAAAACUGGCUGUGGCGUGGGGACGACUUAUGGUUUAUGCGCUGGCAGCAAGUUAUCACACUACAGCCAGAAAUUGUCCAGAUCCUUACCUGGAAUGAUUACGGUGAGUCGAGCUAUAUUGGCCCAAUUCACAAGAAUGGUAUUCCCGAUGGUGCUGCUGAAUACGUUGACGGAAAACCCCAUGAUGGCUGGCGAGCGCUUCUCCCGCAUUUUAUCGCGGCAUAUAAAAUGAAUGGCCGAACCAUAAGCCAAUACAACAAGCAGGAAAAGGCGAAUUCAUGUAAACUUGUGGCGAGAUCCAAGAUUCUCUGUCCAGUUAAAUCCCAGCAGCCCGCCGACAUUAUCACAUUCUGGUAUAGAGUCAACCCCGGGAUGGCUGGAAGCGCUGGUGGCACCACAGGCAACGAUGCUAACCAUGGUCAGCAAACACUAAGCCCAACGGAAGUGUCUGAAGAUAAAGUAUUCGUGACUGUUUUUGCCCAGCGUCCCAGUACAAUUUUUGUGCAGAUUGGAGAAUGGCCUGAGAUCAUGGUACAAUUGAGUUCAGGGCUACAGCACUUCAACGUCCCGUACGGCAGCUUUAGGGGCCAAGUAAAAAUAACAUUAUGGAGAGAUGGGAAGAUGUUGGUCAAGACAACCGGACCAGAGAUCACAGAUUCGUGUGUUAAUGGGAAAGUUAACUGGAAUGCGUUUGUUGGGUCCAGCCUGGAUGGUUGA